UCAUUAUGUCAGGUGUUCCAGAAUCAAAUGCUUCUUCUCAAGCUUCUCGAGGAAGCAAAAGAAAAUGGGUUCCCGAGGAAGAUGCAGCAUUAGUUUCCUGCAUGGUGGACCUGCACAAUGUUGGAACAUUUAAUGCUGAUACCGGGUUCAAAGCCGGUUAUUUGAACGAGUUGGAAAGAAUGCUACAAACAGUUUUACCAAAUGCAAUGUUGAAGGUGAAACCUAAUAUUGAAUCAAGGAUUAGGUUACUUAAAAGGGAGUGGUCAAUCGUCUACGACAUGCUUAAUGGCCAAAACAAUAGCGGUUUUGGUUGGGACGAGCAUAGGCAGCUCGUUGUUGCUGAAGAUGCGGUUUGGGAGUCCUAUUUAAAGAGUCACAGAGAAGCCGCUCAAUUCAGAUAUCGUACUUUCCCUUACUACGACCAGCUUACUACCAUAUACGCAAGAGAUCGAGCAACUGGGAAAGAUGCUCAAACAGUUGCUGAUGUUCUUGAAGAAAUAAAUGCUGAGGAUGUUCGUACUACAGGUAUGGAUGAAGAAAGAAACUCAUUCUAUGAUCAAGGUCGACAUCCCUUUGGAUGA